AUGGACGUCAUCUUGAGCGAGACGGUCAGAUAUACAGCAUCAACUGUAUUUGCCCUAAGCGUCUCAUUCUUGAAGCUCUCUGCGGACCUCUUCUUGGGUUUUGAUCGUCCUGCGCAUACUAUUAUAAUAGCUUUCGGAUUAUCCGGCCUCUUCCUCAUAAUAUUCGGUCUUUGUACCACUUCUUCCUCUCUAGAUCUCGAUGUUGACGAGCACGAUGAUUCGAUACAGCUUUCAGACUCCCUCCUGUAUUCCCCAUCGGAUAUCUCCCAUAAAGCUCUAGAAAAGCUGCGCAAACUCACAUGCGCACAAACACGGAGAGUAUCGCUUAUAAUUCGUUUGGCGAUAUGUGCGUUGGCUUUACGCAUCGAAGUGUUACGUCGCACCCUACAGAAUUCAGAAUGCAUGAGAUCGGCCUCUUUUGCCUGCAUUCCUCUUUUGCUUUCGAUACACGUUUAUUAUAUCAACAGACGAGCCAAUAUUAUUAAUAACGCCCAAGGCUCCGAUUACACUGCAAAACGGUCGUUGGCAUCUAUAUUUCCGGUUCUAUUAUUAAUCCCUUCAGCCUUCCUCACUUCCUCCCUCAGCAAUGGCUGGAAAUCCACCUACAUCUGUCCUUUGACCGGGGCCACUGCGCUGUUCACGACAUCAUUGCAAAUUCUCGGUUUAGCAUUGGACACUUUUACUCUUAUUGCGUUUGGAGAACUAGGCCGUCAGUGCACUCGUCGUAGUGAUGGACGGAGGGUACAAACUGCUGUCCUCUGGGGCUUCGUGCUGAUUAUAUCCGAUCUGUGGAGUUCUCGGCGAGCCUUCCCUAGUAUUCCAGUAUUUGCUGCCGGAUUUUCUAUCAUUUUAUUGCAUGUUUCGGGGUAUUGGUACUUGCGUUCCAGUACAGCCACAGACCAUGAUAGAAAAAACCGUUCGCUUCCUCGAGUGUGGAUACGAUUGGUAUUUUUAGCUUUUCUCGGUUUAUCGUUCGGACUACUCAUAUCAGGGAAGAAAGAAACUGCACACCAUCCGAUUGACAUUCUUAUGUCUCGUGCUAAAACAAAUUUUGACCAGUGGGCAGCCAAAGCAAAAUCGAGCCAAAAUCUUCAGGAUGCUGUAGCUGAAUAUCAGCGACGAUACAAGCACCCCCCACCGCCGGGUUUUGAUCUAUGGUAUAAGUAUGCCACUGAAAGGUCUUCCGUAGUGAUUGAUGAUUACGACCAAAUCUACGAAGACCUUCUCCCUUUCCGCGCAUUAAGCCCCCGAACUCUACGUGAGUUAACUUAUGCCUUGGCAGCCGAUCAUUCAAAUGAUGUGGCUACCGUGAGCAUUCGUGGCGGAACUACGCAAAUACAAGAAGAUAUUCUACCCACACACAGAUGGAUGAUCGAAGGGGUGGCGAAAAUGAUUGGGGCAGUCUCUCAACACCUGCCUGACAUGGACAUAGCUUUCAAUUUGAAUGACGAAUGUCGAGUCGCUGUUCCCUGGGGAGAUAUCACUGCUCUCCACAAUUCUGCAAAAAGUCACAUCCACCGAAGUACUGGUAAUUUUACUGGUUCCUGGUCCGAGAAUCGUGCCUCAACUUGGGAACCCAGCGAAUCGGCAAAGGGGGCUCAUGGUCUUUUUACAGACACCUCUUUCCAGCAGGUAUACGAUCUCGUUGGACGCUCUGUCUGCCCUCCUUCAUCGAAAGCGGGGACGUCGUUCGUGUGGGACAGGCGAAAAAUUUGCUUGGACUGCGCCAGCCCACAUUCCCUUGAGCAGUUCUUAAGUAGCUGGACUCUAGCGUCUGAUAUUUGCCACCAGCCCGACCUGGCCUCCCUGAGCGGUUUUUAUCUAUCCCCAUCUGCUUUUAAAGUGUCCCGACCACUCUUACCAGUGUUCAGCCAGAGUAAAAUAUCCGGAUUUAACGACAUACUCUACCCAAGCUCGUGGAAUUAUGUAGACAAAGUCAUAUAUGAACCCACAGAGGAACACCCAGAUGUGCGUUACUCUGAAAAGCAACCCACUCUUUUCUGGCGCGGUACCACAUCUGAAGGAUACAGCUCUGCUGGCCAAUGGAAAGGCAUGGCACGCCAACGCAUGGUCCACCUUGCCAACAACCACACCUCAAACACAGUCUCAAUUCUCCUCCCUUCCUCCUCCUCCUCUUCCUCCAAAAGGCACCCAACCUUCUACAAAUAUACCAACAUCCUCGCGUCCAAGAUUCCCGCAACCCUUGAUCUACCAACUUCCAUCUUCUUCGCAGGCCAAAUAACCCGGUGCAGCUUACCGGACUGCAAUUUCCAAAUGGCAGAAUUCGGCCUGGGUCCUUCAACUGACUUCCAAGAACAUUGGAAAUAUCGGUUUCUAAUGGAUGCCGACGGGGCCGGGUUCAGUGGUCGUUUCCUCCCCUUCUUGCAAAGUAGGGCCCUCCCAUUUCGCACGGGACUGUUUCGCCAAUGGCUAGAUAGCCGGCUUACAGUGUGGUACCAUUUUGUGCCUAUCGAUAUUAGGCUGCAUGGGCUGUGGAGCACCCUGGCGUACUUCUCUGGAGCAAGGCAGGUUGGGGAUUCCGCCACUCCUUGGCCGAGUCCAAAUACGAAUAGGGACAAUAGGAAAAAUGGUGAUGGCCAAAGCAAUAAACAUGGAGACGCGAAACAAAAGCCACCCAGGAGGAUGAUGAUGAUGGGGAAGAAGAAGAGGGAAAAUAAAAAUGAAAUACCCAAUAGUAGCGAUACUAUAGCAGCCAGCAACAGCAACACUAACCAGAAGAUCCUGAUGGAACCGCAUACACGAGAAGGAGAGUUUAUAGCCGAAGAGGGUCGGAAGUGGGCUGAGAAGGCGCUUCGAAAGGAAGAUAUGGAGAUUUACAUGUUUCGGUUGCUCCUGGAGUGGGCUCGCUUGACAGAUGACAAGAGGGACCAGUUGGGAUUUCAGGUAGGAUGAUGAUGACGACGACGAUGAUGAUGAUGCUGCUGCUGCUGCUGCUGCUGCUGAUGAUGAUGAUGGUGAUGACGUUCAAGCAGCUGGCAUUUAUAUAUAGACUUCUUUUUUCUUUUGUAUGCUAACCCAUCCUUACUAUUUUUGUUGGGGGCAUGGGGAGGCAGUGGAUUGCGCCAAACCAACUUUAUCGCCGGCGCGAGAAGGUAGGACUUCUGCCUUAAGGGAGUGUGUGCAUAUGGCGCGUGGUCUGGGAUAGAUUGAAGUUGUUUAUGUAUGUACUGUACAUAUCUCUGAAGCAUACAAGCAAGAUAUUUUCAAGAUAUUUAAUAGAUAGAUCCAAUAUGGAAAUUUUCACAUUGCAAAUACACAAAAUAGGGAUUUGAGUUUCUGUAAUAUAUGAAGACAUACCAAUCAUAGUGUAUAUAGUUGAAUGAGAGCGGGAGGUAGUUGAUAGCGAGGAUCAAAAGAGGAAGUACAGUUAUUAAAAUGG